AUGAAGCCCUCAUAUUCAGAUUUCACAUAUCCUAGCGAUACGCUGCCAUCCUCUCGACAUAACACGAACCGGAACACCCUGGGUGAGGACGACUGGAAUGAUGCUCCGCCACCAUACACUCUGAUUGCUAGCGAUGGUAACUCGCACAUGCAAGAUGAUGGUCGGGUUCGUCUUGAUGUCAAUUCAAAACUCGCUCGCACUCUCUCAGUUUUCAUCAAAGAUACUCUGGAACAGCCACCACCCGACUAUCAGGAGCCAGUACUCGAAGAUCUCGAACAACCACCAUGUCUGAACAUCGUUAUUCAGAUUGUCGGUAGCCGGGGAGAUGUACAGCCCUUUAUUGCCCUUGGACAUAAGCUCCAAAAGUCUGGCCAUAGAGUUAGACUAGCGACACAUGGUGUUUUUCGCGGCUUUGUCACCACAUCUGGGCUGGAGUUCUAUCCCAUCGGAGGUGAUCCAAAUGAACUCAUGGCUUAUAUGGUCAAGAAUCCUGGUUUGAUCCCCAGCAUGAAGACUAUGCAAGCAGGAGAAAUUACAAGAAAGAGAAAAAUGAUCCGGGAGAUGCUCGAAGGGUGUUGGAGGUCUUGUAUCAUGCCAGACGAUGUCACGGGUGCACCUUUCGUCGCGGAUGCUAUCAUCGCCGACCCGCCGAGCUUCGCACAUAUCCACUGUGCUCAGGCUCUGUGCAUCCCGGUCCAUCUUAUGUUCACCAUGCCCUGGACGGCAACGAAAAGUUUUCCUCAUCCAUUGGCCAAUAUCAAGGACAACAAGGCAGAGCCAAACAUGGUCAAUCGACUCUCAUACGCCAUGGUCGAGUGGAUGACGUGGCAAGGUCUGGCCGAUGUAGUGAAUGGAUGGCGUGAGACUAUGGACCUCGAACCAGUCCCCACGACCGAAGGACCUUUUCUUGCAUACACACAGAACAUACCUACAACAUAUUGCUGGUCGAGUGCUCUCGUCCCUAAACCACAGGACUGGGGACGACACAUUGAUGUCUGCGGAUUCUUCUUUCGAGACAUGCCUGAUUACAAGCCGCCGCCCGACUUGCUAGAUUUUCUGGAUGCUGGACCUACACCGAUAUACAUCGGCUUCGGUAGCAUAGUUCUUGAAAAUCCCGAAAACAUAUCUACCAUCAUUGCUCAGGCUGUCAGAAGCGCUGGCAUAACUAACGAUGGGAAUANNGAAUGGCUCUUCCGACAUGUCUCGGCUGUCAUCCACCACGGAGGAGCAGGCACAGCUGCUUGUGGUCUGAAGAACGGUCUACCGUCCCUUGUGUGCCCCUUCUUUGGCGACGAAGCGAUCAAAUUUCUUACGACACCAAAAGCAGCACAGUCCGCUCGAAACAUCGCGCAGCGCAUGUCAACAGAGAAUGGCGUGAAAUCUGCAGUUCAAGCUUUCCACCGUAAUUUGCCGCGCCACACCUUUCGCUGCGACGUCCUACCUCAUCUGCCAGCGGUAUGGACAUACAAAGCAUCCUCCAAGCGUACCAUCAAGCUGUCAAAGCUGGCUGCUGAACUUCUGCUUGAUCGCCUCAAGAUCGAUGGCGAGAAGUUGGGGAUGAACGAGAUGAAGUGCUACAUUAUUGAGAACCAACGCUGGGAUCCUAUCACGGGCGCUGCUAGUGCAGCCAUCGGUACAGUGUACAGAUCUGGUAUGGCAAUCGGUGACGGAUUCAAGAAAAGCAAAGGAAAGCAACCCUGCGAUCGAGAUGAAUACCUCUUUGUUUCUGGGACCUCGACACCAAGACCAGGAAGUCGUAGCAGAUCAUUGCAGCCAGAGAAGGACGAUGGAGAGGGCGACGAUUGCAUGUCUAUCAUAUCGUCUUACGAGGACAAAGCAAAAAUCGAGUCCACCAUGACGACGACUAGUAGAGAGCUCGAUCUCAAGAACCAGAAAUCAGAUGGCAAUCUUGUAGCCAGAGGUUUUGGCAAAGCAGGUAACACGAUACUCAAAGGCGGAUUAGUCGACAUCCCCUUCGCCUUGGCUGAGGGCCUGAGAAACGCUCCCGCCAUGUACGGCGACAAGCCGCGCGACUUUGGUCCCGUUACUGACUGGAAGAGUGGUGGGGUCGUCGCAGGCAAAGGCCUCAUUUUCGGCCUGUACGACGGCAUAACCGGCCUUAUAGUCGAGCCCUUCAAGGGUGCAAAGAAGGAGNGGGCAUUGGGUGCACUGAAGGGCUUUGGCAGAGGGGUGGGAGGCAUGUAUUGGAAACCUAAUGCCGGACUCGCUGGUCUGCUUGGGUAUACCGUGCAAGGAAUCUACAAGAGUGUGUACAGUGCUAUACAUACAGGAACAAGGAAGGAUAUCGCAGCGGCACGAAGGGAAGAAGGUGCUUGGCUGCUUGCAAGAGCGAGAGAAGAUCAGGAGAUUGAUCUGAGGGAUAUCGCCAGGGCUUUUGAUGAGUUGAAAAAGGACGGAUUCCGAUAA